AUGACACCAUUUGAAAAUGCUAUAUCUGGUUCGUUAGCAUCCGUUUUUGCUGCAUCCGUUCUCUGCCCAACGGAGCUUGUUAAAUGUAAAUUACAAGCACAACGAGAAAUGUUUCCUGGAGUGAAAAGUACGCUAUUUUCAACGUGCCGCGAUGUCUACAGAAUGCAUGGUUUACGGGCAUUUUACACGGGCAUGGUUGCUACGUUGUGUAGGGAGGUGCCUGGGUAUUUCUUCUUUUUUGGUGCCUAUGAACUAUCACGAUUUUAUUUUACGCCACCUGGAAGAACCAAGGACGAAAUUGGAAUAUUACGCACAGCUAUAUCCGGUGGACUUGGCGGUGUAGCAUUAUGGACUGCUAUAUAUCCAUUUGACGUAGUAAAAUCGCGAAUGCAAAUUGCUGGCUCAGGAAGUUUCACUCACAUGUUAGCGAGUAUUGCCAAAAAUGAAGGUUUUUUUUUUUUAUUUUUGUUCAAAUUUUACAUAUGGAUGUUCGCAUAUUUAUUGCAACUUACGAUCAAUAUGUCCCUGUCAGUAGCGUUUUCCUGA